UAGGCCCAACAAAGGUUGUCCAAUCCACCUUUUCCAUUCAAGCUUCAUGGAAAAUAUAUACGAUACGCCGUCGAACAAAAAUCAACAGCAGGCAGCCAGACGAUAUCAACGACAAGACGUUAGGAGGGGGCAGCGGUAACGAAGACAAAACAAAACCGUCUUUUACCCAGCAAUCCAUCAGAAUUCGCAUCAGACCUGGAGAAACGCCACCGUUUAAACCUCAAGUAACAAUUACCCGUUACGUUUUAAGAAUUAGGGUUCAAUUCGAUCUCUAAAAACAAUGUCAAGCUCAAAUUCCACACAAAUGACAACCCUUAAAACAAUAGAAUCAGCAUUAAACCUGAUCGACAUCAAAAAACAGACCCUAAAACGCGCCUACGAUGAUCUCCAAUCUCACUCCUCUCUCCUUUCCUCGUUCUCUCUCUCCUGGUCCGACCUCGACUCUCACUUCACCUCCGUACAAACCGCCCUCACCCGCCGCUUUCUCCGCCUUCAAUCCACCCGACCAGGCCCGGAAACUGUGCAACCGGAACCCGUUCAAGACAACCCAACCCGGAAGGCACUUGUUCCUUUCUGUGAGAAGAUGGAUGGGAGAGGAUUGAGGGAUUAUAUAAGUGAGCAUUCGAGAGAGCGGGAAGCUAUUCGAGCUGAGCUUGUCGGGUUAAUGGGUUUGGUUUCGGAUCCUGGGGAGAUGAUAUUAGAUGCAAUGGAAGGGUUUUAUUUGAGUAAGUCUAAAGGAGAUAGAGAUGUGGAUUUAUAUAGAUUACGGAAGAGUUGUUUGGAUUUAUUAGAGGUACUAAGUGAGAUUAAGCCAAAGCCCAAGUUCAGUGAUGAAGUGAAGAUUAAAGCUAAAAAUUUGGCUUUUGAAUGGAAAGAGAAAGUUAGUUUGAACGGGGAUAGUCCUUCAGAAGCAUUAGGGUUUUUGAAUUUGAUUGUGGCUUUUGAAUUAAAGGAUAUGUUUGAUGAUGUUAAUGAGCUUUUAAAUUAUUUUGUUGUUAUUGCUAGGUUUAAGCAAGCUACUGUAUUGGCUCGUGAUAUCGGAUUGGGAGAUAAAAUAAAUGAUCUUGUUCAAAAACUCAUAGACAGUGGCAAACAACUUCUGGCUGUCAAAUUUAUUUUUGAAUUUGGGCUUACUGACAAGUUCCAACCAGCUCCUCUGUUGAGAGAUCACCUGAAGGAGUCCAAGGAAUUUACUGAUAAAGUUUGCAAGGAAGAGAAGAACUCUGUUAAGGCACAGAAUGAGGCAAGAUCCAGAGAAGUUAACGCUUUGAAAUCAGUACUCAGAUACAUUGAUGAACACAAUCUUGAAUUUGAUUACCCACAUCUGGACCUUGAGAAGCGUAUUGAGAUGCUAGAGAAGCAGAAGGCAGACAGGAAAGUAGCUGCACCAUCUCCUGAUAAUAGGCCUCGCCAGCAGCCAAAGAAACAACAGCUGUCAAAGAAGCAGCAGCAACAUCAGGGAAAGCAGCAAGCGAAGAAGCAGCAGCUGAAAGGAAACAAGCGUCCUCGGAUGGCUAUGCUACCUGGUCCGGCAGCAGUCCCAAUCAGCAUUGCUGGUCCCAGUUCAGCAGGUCCUCCAUUUCAACAUUCUCAUUUACCACAAGCAGGUUUGUUGCCAGCAGCUGGGCCAUAUGGAUUAGUGAGUUCCACUCCUCCCAUUGGCUCUUAUGCAGGUGCAUCGGCUGGCCCUUAUGGCUUGGCAGGAGCUGGUAUGUGCUUCCCUGGUAACCCCAGCCCUGUCAGGGCCCAUCCAUAUUCUUCGAAUUCUCAUAUGUCGUCCAGUUAUUAUGAUAGGUCAGCUGCUUUUGGUGGAUAUGGUUUUCCACCCCAAUACUGUCCAGGUUACUAUCCCCAGUAGUUUUUUGGAUAUUGUCUGUGAUAGUACAACUCUGGAUGGUAUUAUAAUACCUUUUCCCUGACUUUGACUGAUGGUAAUCAGAAAGCAAGAUUGCUUUUUUGAUUACCAUGAAUGUAGUACAAUAGCAGCUUAAUUUGGUUAGUUGGAUUGCAGGUGUUGGCACACUUUUUAAGUGUUUAAACAAUACUCGCAAUGUUUAGGUAAAUAUCAAGUUUUUAAUUCCAUAUGUUUAGAUGCGCUUUCUGUUGGUUUUUGGAAGGUCAUAGCUACACUAAUAUUUUCUUCGUUUUGCUUUUCUAUCUCAGUUUUUAUCACAUAGAUUUUGCUGGUCUCUCAAACUAGUUUUAUUUUGACCGAAGUCAAAAUAACUUUCUGCAUUUUUAGAAGAUGACAGUUCUUUAUGCCUCGGUCAUUUUUUGGACUUUAUUUGUUUUUAUUUUAAGUAUGUAAUGCUGAUGGCAGUUCUCUGCCAUUGUUUGAAGGGGCAUGCUCUGCGUUGGAACAUGCCAUCCCACGCCAACAGUCCUAUUAGCUUGUCAUCUCUUCUUAGGAUUAACUGCGAUGCAAAGUGCGAAACCAUGUAAAAAAUUUCAGUCUCCUUUUCACGUUAUCUGUUAUAUAACUUCUUUUGUUUUUUUUUUCUUAUGCAAGUCUGGGUCGGAAUUCUUUGACAAGGUUACUGCUUUUAUAACCCUUUUUGUAUAUUCUUUAUUGUGAUGAUGUCAGUAUCCAUCAUACUAGGAGAUUUUCCUGCAUCUGAUGUAAGUUUUGCCACUUAUAAUCUGAACUUUUCUAUUUUAUUUUGUAUAUUGGAGUUGCAGAGUUGUAUCAACGUGUUUUUGUACUGGAAAUGUAUGGGGUACAAACAGAAGCUCAUAUUAAUUUGUAAGUUUGUGAUUAAUAUCUAGUUCUCAUAAA